AUGAAGGACCAGGCGGUGGUUGUCGGCAAUAAGGACGGCGCCGUCUUGGUCAAGUACGCGCCUAAGUCGGCUGGAUUUCACGAGCUGAUCGUCAGGCAUGACGGGGAAACAACGGGAACACCGCUAAAAUUUUUUGUCGAAUCGGAGACAAAAAGCGGGGCGACGGCGUCGGGCCCCGGGCUACACUCGGCGCAUGCUGGUGUCCCGGCUACAUUCGAUGUUUACACAAAGACCAACGAGGACAGCGAGCUAUCGGUGAGCAUCGAGGGCCCGAAGCAGGCUCCAAUUUCGAUCGUCGACCAUGAGCACGGCGUCUGCUCGGUCACUUGGACGCCCUCUGUUGCCGGUCUCUACAAAAUCCACGUCCAGCUGGGCGCCCGACCGCUGGCCGACUCGCCCUAUUCCGUUGCUGUCACGGCAGAUAGGGACGAGGAGGCCCAUCAUCCAGCUAAUUCCACUGAGUUCUCAAUCAGCGUCCCGCAAGCGGAAGACCUUGGCUCGCUGACCGCCACCAUCAAGUCUGCAUCGGGACGUGUCGAGCCGUGCGGGAUCCGAAUCAUUGGCGAUGGGCGUCUAGGCGUCACAUUUGUCCCCCGUGAACAUGGCGUACAUUGGAUCAACGUGUACCGCGACGGCCAGGCUCUGGCCAAGGGCCCUUUCAAGUUCAAGGUGGAUAAAAGCCAGCUGGGUGAUGCCUCAAGGGUCAAGAUCCAAGGAAACCAUAGCAAACACAUUCAAACGCAUCAGCUGAACGAAAUACUUGUCAAUACGGCCGAUGCAGGUUACGGGAGCUUGGCGGUCUCAAUCCAGGGACCGUCGAAGGCAAAUCUCGUCUGCAAGGAGGUUGAGCCUGGGUUGAUCGCCGUCCGGUAUCGCGUCAACGAUCCGGGCAGCUACAAGGUCAACGUCAAAUUUGCUGAGCAGCAUGUGAAAGAAAGUCCAAUUUCGAUCACCUGCACGCAAGGCGAAGAUCGAGGAUCUACAAACGGGGAACAAGCUGGCGCGUGGGAUGGCAGCGAAGUGGAAAACGGCGAUGGGGUUGCCGUGUCGUUCAACAGUGGCGAUGCAACCAAAGUGCGAGCCCACGGUCCAGGGCUGCAUAAGUUUAUUGCCGGAAAGCCGGCUUCUUUCAACGUUGACACCGGAGCUGCGGGCCCGAAUCUACUGAUGGUGGGCGUCGUCACCUCAGCUGGCCCCUGUGAAGAGGUUGUCGUCAAACACAUGGGUGCCGGCCAUUUUGUGGUAAACUACAAAAUCGACGAGCCGCUCCGAGGACUUGUCUUUGUCCGCUACGGCGACAGCGAGGUGCCCGGCUCGCCUUUCGCCAUCAACUCACAC